AGGAAUCUGGCCCGGAAGUCUGUGACACGGAGACGGCCCCGGCCCCCAUGCUUAUCCUAGAGUGCCUACGGAUGUCCUCCGGGCGGAGCCUCGGGCAGCUUCCGGCCGGGGCGUGCGGCGGCGCUGCGGGCUUUGUGGCCGCCCGGGGUUGCGCGCCUGGAUGCGGCUCGGCUUGGUUCCGCGCCAUCCUUUCGCUGCCGGGCUCCGGAUUCUACUGUAGGAGCUGGUGGCAAGAAGAUCCUGAAAGCCUGAAUUUUCUGGGAAUGAAAAUUCACAUACGAUGAUGUCAGACAAACUCACAGUGCUGGAGCCCUCUGCCUCUGUGUCUGGAGAGUUUCAUGAAGACAGAUUGGUACAGCUAUUGGGGAACCCAGAAAAGCAGAGCCUGGAGAGUCCCUCCUCCCAGGAUGGGGGUUUCACUCAGAUGACAGUGACCCACUGGAAGAUUCAAACAGGAGACACAGCUCAAAUGUGUAGUAAGUCAGGAAGAAAUCCCAUUCUCAACUCAAACCUUCUUAUACUUCAGAGAGAGCUUAUAGAAGGGGAGACCCAUUCCUGUGGUGUUGGUGGCAAAAACUUUCCAUUUAAUUCAGAUGUAGUUCCACAUCAGAUUUCUCACACAGGGGAGAAGCCUUAUAAAUGUGAUCAUUGUGGGAAAGGCUUCAGCCAAACCUCCCUCCUCACUGAACACCAAAGAGUUCACACUGGGGACAGACUCUAUGUGUGCAAUGUGUGUGGGAAAGACUUCAUUCACUACGCAAACCUAAUGGAGCAUCAGCAUGUCCAUACAGGAGAAAAGCUGUUCAAGUGUGCACAGUGUGAAAAAGCAUUUUGUCACAGUUCAGACCUGCUUCGGCACCAGAGAAUUCAUACCAGAGAGAGGCCUUUUGAAUGCAAAGAGUGUGGGAAAGGCUUCAGUCAGAGCUCCUUACUCAUUCGACAUCAAAGAAUCCACACAGGAGAAAGACCCUAUGAGUGUAAUGAGUGUGGAAAAUCCUUCAUUCGGAGCUCAAGCCUUAUCCGGCAUUACCAGAUCCACACAGAAGUUAAGCAGUAUGAGUGCAGAGACUGUGGCAAAGCCUUCCGACACCGCUCAGACCUCAUUGAGCACCAGAGAAUUCACACUGGAGAGAGACCCUUUGAGUGCCACGAGUGUGGGAAGGCUUUUAUUCGAAGCUCAAAGCUCAUUCAGCAUCAGAGAAUUCAUACUGGAGAACGGCCUUAUGUAUGCAAUGAGUGUGGAAAGCGUUUCAGUCAGACAUCCAACUUCACCCAGCACCAGAGAAUCCAUAGUGGAGAAAAACUCUAUGAGUGUAACGAAUGUGGGAAGGCGUUCUUUCUGAGCUCAUACCUUAUACGACACCAGAAAAUCCACACUGGGGAACGGGUAUAUGAAUGUAAAGAGUGUGGGAAGGCUUUUCUGCAGAAGGCCCACCUCACUGAGCAUCAGAAGAUCCACACUGGAGACAGACCCUUUGAGUGCAAAGACUGUGGGAAAGCCUUCAUCCAGAGUUCUAAGUUAUUGCUGCAUCAGAUUGUUCAUACUGGAGAGAAGCCCUAUGUGUGUAGUUACUGUGGGAAAGGCUUUAUUCAGAGAUCCAACUUCCUUCAGCACCAGAAGAUGCACACUGAAGAGAAGCUCUACAAGUACAGUCAGCAUGGGAAAGAUCUUACCCCACCCCCAGAUCUUGUCCACCAGGAGGAUCUUUCCCUGAGUGAGACCUCCGUUCAUUUAGGAGAGAGGUCUACAGAUCAGGAGUGUUGUGGAGAUAAUUUAUAAGAUGGUCACUCUGAGCCAGGUGGUGCUUGUAAACAGUCAUACUUAGGACAUAUAUGGCCUUGAAGAUGUGGAUUGUCAGUUUUUCAAGUCAUAGAUGGGCUAGUUUUAGUCUGUUGUCUGUCAUCAGGGCAGGCAAGCUGAAGGACCGGACAUCUGAUCUUGAGCUGUACACUGAGGAAGAGCCUCUAGAGAAUUUUCAACACACUCUCAAGUUAAAUCCUUUCAGAGAAGAGCUGUAUUAUUACUUGAGAAAUGGUUCCCCUUCUGAAAGGGGCUUUCCUCAUGCAAAACUACAAGUUGGUUCCCUGUUGUCUGGAACUCAUCUCUGAGCCAUGGGGUUUAGUCUCUGGCCUUUGCUUCCUCAACUGUUUGACGCCUGGUAAUGCAGUGGAUGUGUAUUGCCACUCACAUCCCCAGGCUGCCCCCACUCCUGUCCUGGUGUGUCUCCCAGUCACUCCUGAUUAUUCAGUGGGGCCUCUCUUAGGCAUCAUGCCCAAAAGUGCUUUCCUCGUACUGAGCUGGGUUUGUGUCUUGUGCUUCUGUUGCUCAGUGCUUACCAUUGCUACUGUACUUGCUGUUAAAUACCACAGUUAGGAAUUUCCUCUUUCCCAUUAUGCUGUUCCCUGAGGACAGUAAUGAUGUGUCAUUGAUUCCUGUCUCCCUAGUGUCUCGCACAUAACAAUAAACAAAACCCCCAAGUCUGUGUAAUUGA